GUACAUGGACAUGAACGACUGGGUACCCUCUGGCCCACCCGAGUGCCCCGACAAGAACCGUGCUCAAAGCCAGCGACUGUAUCGAAUGCACCGCUUCCUGACGGGACGCGAGGCGGGCGGGUCGGGCUCCAUCAAGCCCGUGUACGGACUGACCUCCGCCAUUCUUAUUCGUGUCGCAGCUAUUGGGUACGCGCAGAGUCCAGCGUUUGAGCCGUACGCGCCAGGGCAGUGGAGCAAGCAGAAGCGUAUCGAGCAUGCGAUGCGGUGGCAUCCGGUGUUUAGGAAGGCGAGGUGGAGCGAGCGGAUCGUGUAUCCGGGAGAGGAAGAGGGUUUUGAGGAGUGGAUAAGGACGAACGAGGGAACUCUGCUGCCGAGGUCGAAACCGACCGGGCUGCUGAAAAGCAUCGUAGCCCGCAGUCGAUUGUAGGUUAGACAACAUGCAUAUUGAAUAUAUGUACUUUCCUGCGAUUCUACU